AACCGACCAUCGACCAAUAUUGUUUUGUUUAUGUAUUUUAGACCAGUUAGACAUGAUGGUUACCUAUAGUUGACAGUUCAUUUGUGCUUGCGUGUUCCCGAAGCACAGACUAGCAGAGUAAACCAUUUUCAGUCGAAUAUAGUACAUCAAGUAGCUUUGUUGUUUUUAUGCUUUUGAACCCAUAAUUCUUGGUUAAUUUAACUAAAUUAGUUUUUGCAUCCAUUCCAUUUCAUUUUAGAAGAAUGGAUAGACAAGGAUCUAGACAAAACCAACAAAGAUCACGAUCAAGAUCACCUAUUCAUACAGGAAUUCGUGCUGAACCUGGAAUUCAUAAUGGAUCAAGCAUUUAUACGGAUGAUUUAAAUUUCCGUUACUAUACGCACAAUGUAACGGCAAAUAAAAGGCAAUUAAGGUGUGUUAACUAUUACUCAAUGCGAUGUCGAGGAAGAGGUAGUGUCAAUUUAGAUAAUACAGAUUUUAGGAUGACAAGGCCUCAUUAUUGUGUUCCUCUUCAAUCGGUUAACAAUGAUGAAAACGAUAAUCGUACAUCACUGUUAAUAACAUUGAGGCAAAGAGCCACAAGGGAACAAACUUAUCUUCAAACCAUUUAUAACGAGGAGAUUCAAAGGUUCCCAAGUUCAGCACAAUUAGUUACAUAUGUCCAAGCCUCUAGGAGUAUGCAAAGAGCACGUCGUGGACAUCAACCACACACACCAGAUGUUGAAGAAGUAAUAGCUCCUGUUCCUAUAGUUUCUCCAAUAAGAGCCAAUAAUGAACCAGCAGAAAAUUUACCAAGCGCUAGAAAUGGAGAUGUGCCAGGUAGAAUAAGACGAGAAAUCUGGGGACAAUUUUUUCAAAGUAUGGAAGGUGAAAAUGAUGUUGAAGAAGUAAUAGCUCCUGUUCCUAGAGUUUCUCCAAUAAGAGCCAAUAAUGAACCAGCAGAAAAUUUACCAAGCGCUAGAAAUGGAGAUGUGCCAGGUAGAAUAAGACGAGAAAUCUGGGGACAAUUUUUUCAAAGUAUGGAAGGUGAAAAUGAUGUUGAAGAAGUAAUAGCUCCUGUUCCUAGAGUUUCUCCAAUAAGAGCCAAUAAUGAACCAGCAGAAAAUUUACCAAGAGCUAGAAAUGGAGAUGUGCCAGGUAGAAUAAGACGAGAAAUCUGGGGACAAUUUUUUCAAAGUAUGGAAGGUGAAAAUGAUGUUGAAGAAGUAAUAGCUCCUGUUCCUAGAGUUUCUCCAAUAAGAGCCAAUAAUGAACCAGCAGAAAAUUUACCAAGCGGUAGAAAUGGAGAUGUGCCAGGUAGAAUAAGACGAGAAAUCUGGGGACAAUUUUUUCAAAGGAUGGAAGGUGGAAAUGAUGUUGAAGAAGUAACAGCUUCUGUUCCUAGAGUUUCUCCAAUAAGAGCCAAUAAUGAACCAGCAGAAAUUGUAGAAAUUUGUAUCAUUUGUUUUAACGACGAAACAAAUGUUACACUGAGACCAUGCAAUCAUAAAUUUUGCAAUACAUGUACCAUUAGACUAAUGGAAGAUGAUUUUAACACUUGUCCGUUGUGCAGAGGCAGCAUUGUGGCAUAUGAUGAUAUUCAACUAUAA